GGAGUUUUUAUUUCCGAAGUGGUAAAGGGAGGCAUCGCUGAAUCGGACGCUCGACCGCACCUUAUGGUUGGCGACCAGAUAUUAGAGGUAAAUGGCGAAGAUUUAAGAGACGCCCCUCAGUCUCACGCGGCAGCUAUUCUUAAGACAACGUCUGGAAAAAUCAACCUAAAAGUUGGUCGCCUGAAGGCCGGCUCAAGACAUAGCAACUCAGAAAACCUGUCGACUUCAAAGUCAGAUGAAAUGUCGACCGACGAGCCUUUACAGCAGAAGGUAAUAGUAUUGGAGCGCAGAUCAGAGGGAUUAGGGUUCAGUAUAGUCGGCGGUUACGGCAGUCCUCACGGAAAUCUACCGAUUUGUGUGAAGAAUGUGUUCGAGAGGGGGGCCGCCGCUCAAGACGGACAACUCAAAAGGGGCGACAUUUUGCUAUCCUUUAGCGUAUCCACUGAUGACCAAAACUGGUCGACCACUGAAUUGGAUGGUCUCACACACGAAGAAGCUGUUGAAGUGUUGAAAGCGAUCACUGGAACCGUUAAACUCACUGUUUUGACGAAUUGAGAGUUCAUUAAGUUUUUGCGUAAAAUGGGAAAUUAGGAAAGCAUUUAAAAAGCAUAUAAAACUUAUGCCUCUUUGCCUUAAAGUUUAGGUCAUAUCUUCAAUCAAUUAAUUCAAAAAUCAUUAAAUAAUUCAUUAAUUAUGGAGAAAAACCAUAUAUUUAUUAAAAGAAAUAAAGCCUUAAAUAAGACCAUUUAGGUCUGAGUUUACAGUUAUUGUUAUCAAUAAUAUAAUUAAUAAUAAAUGGGACCUAAAACUGAA